CGGGCAACAAUAUGAGCAUUCAAUACUGGAGUGGGUGACCGUCCGCCUUCUUUCCCCCGACAGAGCUAUCAGCAAUAUGUCGCCAUAAAAAUGACUCACGUCUUAUAAGCAUCCCGGCAGCAGCUUGUCACAUCGCCGACUCUCCUCCCCCAAUGCCUCGACAUUUAUUACUGUGCCUUGCGCGGGCGCGGCUCGCUCAGCAAACGACACAAAGGGCUGCCCUUACGAACCAUGCUUUGGUCCGACCCUUUCACUCUACCUUGGCAACUCGUACAGAUGGAGUCUACAAAGCUCUUACAGAGAUGCGGGUUCGAACACCAUGGAUUCAAGCACUUCGAGAAAGAAAAGAGGCGGAGAACAAUACACAUAUAGCUGCCGCGGAGAGCCCCAAAGCAGUCCUAACACCCAAGAAAAUGUCGGACAGCUAUGUCAGCCUUGUCCUGCCUCUGUCUCAAGAUCCGUGGCUGCUCGACACCUACGCGAACUAUACGGGUCAAAUUCGUAUCGGUACGUUGCUCAUGGACCUGGAUGCGCUGGCCGGCGUGGUCGCCUACAGACAUACUGGGGAAGGAGUAAGCAAUGUAACUGCGGCUGUGGACAGGAUCACAAUCAAGAAUCCUAUUAGAGAGAUUUGUGAUUUGGAGCUCAGUGGACAAGUGACCUAUGCUACCGGAAGGAGCAGUAUGGAAGUGACUCUGCAGAUCGCCAAAGCUCCCGCGCCAGGUCGGCAAGUUGCACCAGAGGAUGUCUUUAUGACCUGCGCUUUCACCAUGGUGGCACUGGACCCCAGGACCAAACGGCCCGUGAAUAUCGCUCCCCUGGAAGUCAACACCCCCGCCGAGAAGGCGCUUUUCGCCAAAGGCGAGGAGAACUACAGAAACAAGAAGACCAUGAGAUCUGCACACAUCUUGACCAAGCCACCUGAUGCAGAUGAGUCGGCUCUUAUCCACAAAAUGUGGACCGACUCUCUGGCGUAUGCGGACAGCAAGAACCCGAAGAAGCAGCCCUCCAAUGUCCUGGCCAUGUCCAGGACCACCAUCCACAGCACUCAGAUAAUGAUGCCGCAGUACAGGAACCGUCACCAUUUCAUGAUCUUUGGAGGCUUUUUGCUCAAACAGACCUUCGAACUGGCUUUCACCUGCGCGGCCUCUUUUUCACAUACCCGUCCGCGGUUCUUGAACCUCGAUCCUAGUACAUUUGAAGAGCCUGUACCCGUUGGUUCGGUGCUCUACGUCUCCGCAGGCGUUUCGUUUACCGAGCCUCACCCCAGCGGUGGUACUCGCAUUCAAGUAAUGGUGCGGACGCACGUCCGGCCUGUUGAACACCAGGACCAAGAAAGGAAGUCCACGGGAACCUUCUUUUAUACCUUUUUCUCACCAGCAGAGGUGAGUGUCUUGCCGCAGAGUUAUUCCGAGUUCAUGCGGUGGGUAGCCGGAAGGAGACGUGCCGAGAGGCUGUCAGCUAUGUUAGACGCCGAUCCGAAUCUCGUCCUCGGGAGUCUGCAUGACGAGAACGUGACGGAGUGAGAUGGUUCUUACCACCUAUAAGAUCAUAAUUGGAGAUAGCAGCCAGUUCGAUGUCUAACAAACGCCGGUCCGAGGUUGAUUAUGGCUUUAAGGAAGACGUUCCAGAUGCGUCGUCCCCGAAGAAUGACUCUGACGAGUGGAUCCUUGAAGGAGGCCCAGCUGAAGCUGGAAAAGGAUGAGGGAAUGGCCAGAAGGCGCCUGGUGUCCCCUCCUCGCUGUCUCGCCCAAGGAAUAUUGGGGCGAGGAAAGUGAGGAGCAGAGUUUGGGAGGGUUUGGAUGUUUUUGCACGUUCAAAAAGGUUGGCAAGGCAACACUGCCUCAUGUCCAAAGAGCAAACGCAGAUCAAAGAUCGCUCAGUGUGAGAGCGACGACGAUUGGAGAACACCAUUCAACGUACUUGUGCACAGCAUCGAAGUGAGCUGCAACGGUGAUAUGUUCUGGUGAUAUGUAGGGAGCUGCAAGAGUGAGAAUUUUGGUUAACAGAAAUGAACAUCUCUGAUGCUAUGGUACAA